AACAGCUUACUACCUAAAGCCACAUACCGAACUGCACUGAACUGUAAACAACCUAUUCCAUAUUAUAGUUCAUUGUAAUGUGGCCGGUUAAGUGCGAUUAAGUACUGUUGAUUAAUAGCAUUUUCAGUAUUCAUAAAUCAGUAGCACGAUAUGUCGAGGAAUGUCAUAGAAUUGCAGCGGAAACGGUUGAUGGAUGCUUUCCAAUGUGAUUGUCAGACAUUAUUAACACGUUUCGAAUUAACUUACAACACUCACUUUCAAAAUUUCUGUGAAAUUUGGAGAGAGAUGCAGUUCUCAUUGAUAUUUGAGUGUCAACCCUCUGAAAUAAUUUUAAGAAUUUUUUAUGAAAAUGCUCUUCAUAUAACAAAACAGUUUAUGGUGAAUGCAUCUAAUCUGAAAGAACGUAUUGGUGCUCUAUAUCUUAUGUACAGUGUAUAUUAUAUGGUAACAGAUAAGGCAAAAUUUAGAAUGACUUUGUCAGACUGGAAAUGUUUAAUGGAUCUACAUCAGAAAGUUAAAGUGGAAGAAUAUCUCGAUGCUAACUAUAUUUUGUGUAAAUUAAUUGUUGAUCGUGCAUUUAUCCACUGUCUUAGCGACAUUGAGUAUGGUAUUGAGAAACAUUCCCAAAAGAACAUGGCAGGAUUUGGAGUAGAAUAUAACUUAAUGGCAGAGAUCAAAGAACUGGCAGCACCUUGGAAGUUGUUAUCAACAAUCAACGAUUUAAGCAAAAUAUAUGAGGAAAAGAAGCAUAUACUUUUCAACGAGGAAGAAAUUUCUAGUGUACAACUUUAUAAUUCAAAGAUGGCAGAUGAUAUCAUCAAAAGUAUUCGUACAAUGCAAUCAAAGAACACAAUACUUUCCACAAAUAUUCUUCAGAACACCUGUAGUGAUGAACCGAUACCGUCAACGUCAACGUCAACAUCAGAGUCAGCGUUAGCGUCAGCAUCAACGUCGUCAUCAAUGACAUCAGUGUCAACAUCUGACAGCCAGAAUAGUCAGCUAAGAAACAAAAAACGCCGACUACAUAUACAACGUCGAAAAAAAUUGAUCCUGGCUAAGAUAGGCAAUGCAUUCGAAACAGCACUACAAUCAGAAUCUGAGGAAGAAACACACAUGGAAAUUGAUUCUGAUAUAGAUCCUUUGGAAGGCGUGUAAAGGAAAUUUAAUUGUUUUAGAGGACGAAGCAGGAUUAUAACUAAAAAAUUAACGGUAAUAAGUGAAAGACAAUUUAGUAAUGAAAAUUAUGAAUUUUUUUUUACUCGCUGGUCUUUGAUUGGGAUUCACUGCACAGGGCCAUAGAAUAAAUUUAUGUUCUCUAUUGUCCUACUGUAAACAUAAUGAAUCAGUUUGUUUUAAUAAGAAAAUAUUAACUGUAAGGUAAAAAACAAAUAUAUAUAUAUACAUAUUU